CACACCACGGCCGACGACGGCACCCCGCCCGCACCGCGAUCUAACUUCGACGUCAACUACAAUGGACACAAACGGCACCGUUGCGUUUGAUGGCGCUCGAUCGAAAAUGUGAAGUGAUCGGAUUGUGGUUCCGUACCGUGUUCUUUCAAUACGAUAUUAUUUUUUUUCUAAGUGCUUUUUUAUCAUGGAGUUUCCUGGAUUUGUUCUUGGCUUUAAUGAUGCUUCCUCAAGCUGCACUAGAGGAGCAAUAACUAUAUUAAUGUGAACACGAAGCUCAUUUUCUUUUCCGACUUCUGGGAGCAAGCCGACAAUAUGGGGAUCAUUAUACGCCACACAGUGCGCACUAGCGCUAUGGUGCUGGUGAUGGUUGGAGGAGCUACCGCCAGGGUCGCCGGCAAGAUGGGAGGCUACUCCAAUAAAAAAGGGGGAAAAUCGACAAGCGGCAUCAACGAGGAGAUAAUCUGGAUUAGCAUAAGCAUGGCUAUCGCUAUAGCUGUUCUCAUAGCUAUAGCACUAUGCUACAUACUGAAGGAGAAGUGUAUGAAGCGCAAGGCCUACAGGGACCAGUCAUGACGAUACCAGGAGGAGUUCGCGAAGCACGCCCUCGCGGACUCCCUCACUGACCUCGACUUUGAGUUACCAGCCUACACUUUAUACCCUCAGUAUUCUCCCGACGGGAAAGAAUACUUCUACAAUUUCCAUCGCUUCUCAUACAUAAGGAAUAGCUUCAAGUUACCACCCAAAGACUACCCAGUAAAAACUAAAGAAGACAUCUACAUUAACGCGUGAUAAUGCCUCCAGUGUACAUACAUAUGAGUGUUUAAAUAUAUUUAAUCUAGUGUAACAUAGGUAUAUGUGAAUGUAAGUGAAUGUUUAGAAAUUAUGUAUAGACAUCGAAUGUUUGUGAGUUAAUAAUAUUGCAUGUAUCUACUGGAAUCGAACUAAUAUUAUGUACCUACAUAUAGCACCCGCAUCACCCUCUGUAUCAUUUACUUAUAAUAAAAUAAAUAUUGACUUAAGUUUCCAUAAAUGAAAUGAAGUAAAUAUACGAAUGUUAAAAUAUAUAUUACAUAAAUAAUAUUAAAAUGUUUUGGAAAGUUCGGGUGUUCUAAUACUAUGUUAAUAGUGAGUCCAAAGUGUACAUAAGAAUUUAAGGACUUAUAUUAAAAAAUAUUUUCAUCGACAAAGGGUAGUACUGAUAUUUCACCUAACUGUGAUAGAAUACUGGCUCGUUUGGCAAAGAAAUAUCGUUUGCUUUGCAGUGUCCUUCCUUGGUCGUAGAGGUGUACCUGUACACGUUGUUCAGUUCGUAGGAGCCCGUAGCAACAAAUCCACGCUAUGGUUUACUCGUACGACGUUUUCACAACCAUACUUCAUAAUAUUCUGCUUAAUAUUGUCACUAUACGAUGCUUGCAAUCUGAUAUUCGAACCAUUAUGUGCGCAUAAUAUGCUGAGAUACUAAUUUGUGGGUAUUAAUUUGAAUUAUUAUUAAAUCUUAAAAGGUAAAAUUGGAUGUUCUAAUUAAUACAGGAAUUUUGUAAUUAAAAGUAUUAUUAAGUACGUAUUAGGUGAUUAUGCGUGCCAAAUUACAAAUUAUAAUCUGCAUUAAAUUAAAAACUAAGGACGAGUAUCCACAGGUGCGACAUCUUACGUUCAAUCCUAGGAGUCAGGUAAAUUUUAUUAUUACUAGGUUUUUCGAUAAAAUCUAAGAAUUUUAAAUUUUGUUCUGCCAACCAUUUAUGUAAAUAGAUGUAAGCUAAUGUCAAAUGUUUAUAUUGAAUACGAACUUAUUUUCAUCAUUGUAAUCACUUGUAAUCAACGCCAGAUAUUUGUAAUAAUUAAUUAUUUGACCAAA